UAUGGCGGCCCCAACGGCCGUCCGGGGCGCGGAGCGGGAUGAGCGCGGGCGCCGACGGUAGCGGCGGCGGCGGCGCUGGGACCGAGGCGCGGGUCGGAGGGGACAGUCCUGGAGCGGAUGGCUUCGUCCCGUCGGCGCUGGGGACCCGAGAGCAUUGGGAUGCUGUCUAUGAGAGAGAACUGAAAACUUUCCAAGAAUAUGGAGAUACAGGAGAAAUAUGGUUUGGAGAAGAGAGUAUGAACCGACUAAUAAGGUGGAUGCAAAAACACAAGAUUCCAUUGGAUGCUUCUGUGCUUGAUAUUGGAACUGGAAAUGGUGUUUUCCUGGUUGAACUUGCAAAAUUUGGUUUCUCUAAUGUUACUGGAAUUGAUUACUCUCCUUCUGCAAUACAGCUUUCUGGAAGUAUUAUAGAGAAAGAAGGUUUAUCUAACAUUAAGUUGAAGGUAGAAGACUUUUUGAAUCUUUCCACAAAACUGUCUGGAUUUCAUAUUUGUAUUGACAAAGGGACUUUUGAUGCCAUAAGCCUUAAUCCUGACAAUGCAAUUGAGAAGAGGAAGCAAUAUGUGAAAUCUCUCUCCAGGGUAUUGAAAGUGAAAGGCUUUUUUCUAAUAACCUCAUGUAAUUGGACCAAGGAAGAGUUGCUAAAUGAAUUCAGUGAAGAUACAGGACGCCAACAGAACACACUGCCACAAAUCUCUCUUGAAGGUCUUGUCACCAGCUACUCAGAAUUAGCUUCCAUGGUCCCUUUUGCAUAGAAUAAAGCUUGCUUCAGCAAUCUUUUAAGGAUUUGAACUUUUCGAAGAGCUGCCAACACCCAAGUUCAGCUUUGGAGGCAGAUCUGGAAACAGUG